AAACGGUCAUAUUUCUCUCAAAUCUGCGACAUCAAUGGCGAUACGGGAUUCCCCUCGGAGUGCCUCUUUGGAUCGGGUAAAAUGGCGGAAAGUGUACGCCGCCAUGGGGUACUUGUUGCGAACGCAGCAGGCGCAGAUUCAAUUCCUCCUUAAAGACAGGGAACUUCUUGUAGACAGGAUCAAGUUAGAACACGAACGCUGGGUUUCCAUGGUUAAAUUUUCGCAAGAUCAAACCGCUCAGAUGGAGCGUGAACUCAAUGUGCGGGAUUUACAGAGCGAGGUUGAAGCUGAAGAAUGGAAAGUGAUUUUAGGACUUAAAGAGCGAGACGCUUAUAUGCUUAGAGAUAAACUUGAAAAAACAACUGAUGAGUUGCAGGGUCUCAGAGAAUGUCACGGCAUUCUUUCUUCUAAAUGCUCUGAGGCAGAAGGUGUUUCUGACAAGAAAAAUCAGAAGGAGAAAAACAAGUCAUUAAUGAGCGAAUUGAGGAGGCUGAAACUUGAAAACCAGCAGCUUUCUGCUAACAAAGACAGUGAAAUUUCAAGACUGGUCAGGGAAAAGAGCUUCAUCUGGAACCAAUAUAACACGCUGGAGAAUCGCAUGAAUGAACAACUGAGGGUAAAAUGUGAUCAGCUUGAUACAGCUAACGAAAAGGUCAAGUUGCUUCUGAAAGACAACGAGGAACUUCAAACUGCCUGCAAUGAUUUGAAGAAUCAAAUGGCGAAUAUGGGAGAUGUAUUAGUUAAGCGAAACGGUGAGAUUGCAAGACUUUCAAGGGAGUUACAGAUGUUCAAGGACAAAAGUGUUCCUGCAACACCUAUGCUGCAACGCUGCUCAACUAGGUCAGGAAACUCGCUGAGGGAGACAACCACCAAUGGAAUGAAACGGAAGGGUGUAAAGCCGGCGGUUACAGUUUCAAUGAAUCCAACAGCUUCUGAGAAGGGAAAUGAGAAUUCGAAGAGGAAGCGAAUGGAUGACACCCCAAAACUCUUUUCUUCUUCGUUCAAAAUACCUAAAUUGAAGACCCCUGCAUCUCAGGUUGGAUAAUGAAUUGAUACGAUCAUCAUAUCCUCCCGAUCGAUCUUGUGCUUCUUUUUUCUUCGCAUUACGAAACUUAAGUAGAAAUUGAGGUGUGUAUAUGUAUCUGGCUAUCUGCAUAUAUAGAAAGCUUGACAUAGCCCAUGUGUGUUAGGAUCUGUGGUUCAAAACAAACACUUUAAUUUAGA